AUGAACACUUAUUUAACUGAUAAUGGUUAUGAUAAGUCUGUGAUAGUCAUUUUACAGUUGUGUAAGCCUAAAAUUUUUCAAUCAAUUCAUGGCAUAUCAAAUGCCUUUAAUGGUACAAGAAUCUUUAUUAAUAGCAAUCUAAAGGAAUCUCUUGAAUAUAAAGAGAAGUUGGAGAAUGGAAAUAAGUCAUCAAACCAAAUGAUUAGUUAUGUAUCUAGCCAAAGCAACAAUGUUUCAAUGGAUGAUUUUCUUAAACAUCCGAAAAUGACUAUUUUUGAAGUUCUUCAAUGUUCUAAGGUUUCUACUGUUGUUGUUCUUGCCAAAACAAUUGAUUUUGACCACACAAAGAAAUGGUAUUAUCAAGCAUGUACUAGAUGUUCAAGGAGUGUACGUACAAAAAGUGGAGAUCUGUAUUUUUGUGAAAGUUGCGUCGAUGUUCUUCCAGCGAAUCCAAGAAUUAAGAUACAUGUUCAAGUUGCUGAUGUGAGUGGAUCUUCAACUUUUAUACUUUUUGACAGAUUGGCUACACAAGAAUUAGAAAACCCCAGUCUAAACCUGUUUGAGGAUAAUAAUGAUGUCACCUUAUGGCCUGCUGUUUUUAAUUCAUUGUUGGACAAGACUAUGCUAUUCAAGAUUCAUGUUUCCAAUGGUAAUAUUGAAAAAAAGUGGCAAAGCUAUACUGUGGUAAAAAUUACUACAGAUCAAAAUUUGAUUGAUCAAUUCAAAAUGAAACAUGACAUCCAUGACAUGAAUGAUAAGGAUGAAAUUGAUCAAGUUAGUAAUAACCAUACUGAAGUUGAAGACAACCUAUCCAAGGAAUCUAUUGCUGAAGAGUUUAAUCAUGCUUAUGACAAGAAUAAUAUUGAUGAGAGUACUCCAACCACCUUGAUGAAAGGAAAGAGGGUGUUCAGUGAUGUUGAAGUGCCGUCAACAACAAUUGAAGAGUGUGAUGUUCAAGCAUCAACCACUAAAAUGCCAAAGUUUGUUCAUAUUAAGAAGGAACCUGCAGAGUAG